AUGUUGAGAUCGCUCCUGCUUCUUGCCCCCAUGGUGGGAGCCGCCGUGGCUGCCACCGAACCAAACAGCCCUGCCUGCCCUGGAUACAGAGCCACCAAUGUCAGGGAGGGACACAACUCCUUGACUGCCGAUCUGACCCUUGCGGGCAAGCCGUGCAAUACCUACGGCACGGAUCUGAAGAACCUGAAGCUUCUUGUGGAGUACCAGACUGAUGAGCGUCUUCAUGUCAAGAUCUACGACGCCAAUGAGCAGGUUUACCAGGUUCCUGAGUCGGUUGUCCCUCGCGUGGACGGCAAGGGCGGAUCUCGCAAGAAGUCUGUUCUGAAGUUCAACUUCAAGGCGAACCCCUUCUCCUUCCAAGUGAAACGAGGCAGAGAAGUUCUUUUCGACACUUCUGGGUCGAACCUGGUCUUCCAAGAUCAGUAUCUGAAUCUCCGCACCUCGUUGCCCAGAGAUCCUAAUCUGUACGGUCUCGGAGAACACACUGAUCCUCUUCGUCUGACUACCACAAACUACACCCGUACUCUUUGGAACCGUGACUCGUACGGUAUUCCCGAGAACAGCAAUCUGUACGGUAGUCACCCAGUUUAUUAUGACCAUCGUGGUGAGGAUGGAACCCACGGAGUCUUCCUGCUGAACUCCAACGGCAUGGACAUCAAGAUCGACAAGACAAAGGAUGGAAAGCAGUUUUUGGAGUACAAUGCUCUUGGAGGUAUCUUUGACUUCUACUUCUUCAAUGGCGAUACACCCAAGGACGCCAGCAUAGAAUAUGCCAAGGUUGCUGGUCUGCCGGCCAUGCAAAGCUACUGGUCCUUUGGUUUCCACCAAUGUAGAUACGGCUACCGCGAUGCUUUUGAGGUCGCCGAAGUGGUUCAGAACUACACUCAGGCCAAAAUUCCCCUUGAGACCAUGUGGACCGACAUUGACUACAUGGACAGAAGACGAGUGUUCACUCUCGACCCCGACAGGUUUCCCUUGGAGAAGGUGCGUGAGUUAGUGUCGUACCUGCACAAGCACGAUCAAAAGUACAUCGUGAUGGUCGAUCCCGCUGUCAGCGUUAGCGACAACAAAGGUUUCAACGAUGGUAUGGAGCAGGGCGUCUUCAUGAAGCACCAGAAUGGUAGCCUCUACAAGGGUGCCGUCUGGCCUGGUGUCACUGCCUAUCCUGACUGGUUCCACCCUGAUAUCCAGAAGUACUGGGAUGGCCAGUUCAACGACUUCUUCAGCCCCGAGAAGGGUGUUGAUAUUGACGGUCUGUGGAUCGACAUGAACGAGGCCGCCAACUUCUGCACCUAUCCUUGCCUGGAUCCCGAGGGCUACUCUAUCGAGAACAACCUUCCCCCUGCCGCCCCGCCAGUUCGGCCCAACCCUCGCCCCCUGCCCGGCUUCCCCGAUGAUUUCCAGCCUCCUGCCGCCUCCAAACGCUCCGUCGCCAAGGGCUCCAAGGUCGGACUGCCUGGCCGUGACCUGCUCAAUCCUCGCUAUCAGAUUCGCAACGAUGCUGGCCUCAUCAGCAGCAAGACUAUAAAUACUGAUCUCAUCCACGCUGGCGAGGGCUAUGCCGAGUAUGAUACCCACAACUUGUAUGGCACCAUGAUGAGUUCCGCUUCUCGCCAGUCCAUGGCGCAACGUCGCCCAGCGGUGCGUCCUCUGAUCAUUACUCGCAGCACCUUCGCUGGUGCUGGUACCCAUGUUGGACACUGGCUGGGUGACAACCUCGCGGACUGGAAGCAUUACCGCAUCUCCAUCGCUCAGAUGCUUUCGUUCGCUUCGAUGUUCCAGGUUCCCAUGGUCGGCUCGGAUAUUUGUGGAUUUGGCGGUGACACGAACGAGGAGCUUUGCGCUCGUUGGGCCCGUCUCGGUGCCUUCUACCCCUUCUUCCGUAACCACAACGAGAUCACUUCGAUCCCUCAGGAGUUCUAUCGCUGGGAGUCCGUUGCGGAAUCCGCUCGCAAGGCGAUUGAAGUCCGCUACAAGCUCCUCGACUAUGUCUACACUGCCUUCCACCGUCAGACCCAGACCGGCGAGCCGUUCCUGCAGCCCAUGUUCUACAUGUACCCCGAAGACAAGAACACCUUCUCGAACGACAUGCAGUUCUUCUACGGUGAUUCCAUCCUGGUCAGCCCUGUCCACGACGUCAGCCAGACCUCGGUCGAGGCGUACUUCCCCAAGGAUAUCUUCUACGACUGGAACACUGGCGAUGUUCUGCGCGGCCGUGGUGCCAAGGUCACCCUCAGCAACAUCAGCGUGACCGACAUCCCCAUCCACAUCCGUGGUGGCAGCAUCGUCCCCAUCCGCUCGGAGUCGGCUAUGACCACCGUUGAGCUGCGCAAGAAGGGCUUCGAGCUUCUCAUCGCUCCUGGACAGGACGGCACCGCCUCGGGCACCCUGUACCUGGAUGACGGCGAUUCUCUGAAGCAGUCCGCCUCCCUCGAGCUGGAGUUCAAGUACCGCAAGGGCAACCUCCAGAUCAAGGGCAAGUUCGGCAUGCACACUGAUCUGAAGAUCAAUGCUAUUACCCUGCUUGGCCAGACCUCUGUCCCUCGCCAGGUGACUCUUUCGCGUGCUGGCAAGGCCGACUCUAAGUUCGACCCUGCCCGCCAAAGCGUGACCAUCAAGACCGACUUGUCUCUUAACGAGUCUUCGGAGAUCGACAUCAACUAA